AUGAAGCGUUCUUCAUAUGAUGCCGACCUAGAGUCACCGCGGCCACAUGAGCGCCGCCCUUCUCUCGUCCUUGAUGGACGCCCGGCGCCGCCCAAAAUUUCCAAGGCCCGUGCCUGUGCAGAAUGCAAGCGUCACAAGAUACGCUGCGAGUUCAAAAAAGGCGAGACGAGCUGCACAAAGUGCAUCCGCAGCGGGAUCAAAUGUGUGAUCAACGACUUCUCGCAGAAGUUUGUUGACGACGAUGUGAUGUGGAAAGCACAAGCAUCGGCCACAUUACAACAGCUUCAAGCGGCGGUCUCACACCUUUUACAUCAGGGAGGCCUACCGGACCUCUCGACAUACAUCACUGGAGAUAGCCAGAGUGGGCCCAGUCCAGUUGCAACCCAGCCCGAGCGCCGUCUCUCAUCCGAAACAUCGCCUCCUGAUGUGAAACCCAACGAGCCGGGGAUUGUCAUGGAUGUAACAAGAGAGCCUUCGCAGGAACCCGAUCUACAAGACCGAGAGCUGGUGCCAGCGCCAAUGCGCAGCCUGUACGAGGUCACCAAACUUCGCAACCUGCGCAACAAUCCUAUUGAACAACCCAAGCUGACCCUUCUGGAGGAGGACUUCAUAUCUAGAGGGCUGAUCUCGCUUCAUGAAGCUGAAGAACUUUUUGCCUAUUUUAGUAGGACAAUGAACCAACUUCUCUGGGGAGGGAUCGUCUUAGUACAUCGUGAUCUCACCUCAGUUCGUCGGGCCUCGACAUUACUGUCCGCGGCUGUUUUAACAGUCGCCGCGCUUCACAUACCGAAUCGGACAGAGACGCUAAAUCGUUGUUACAGUGAAUACGUAUCGCUUGUAUCGAGUAUGUCUUUAACGCGGGCGCACACUCUCGAUGAUAUCCGCGCUCUCUGUGUUGGAGCAUUCUGGUUAUCAGAACUGAGUUGGAAACUAUCCGGGCAUGCCGUUCGUAUCGCUACCGAAUUGGGACUUCACCAAAGCUAUCAUAAGAUGAUGCGCGGCCAUAAUGAUCAAUAUGAGCGGGCACAGCUCUGGUAUCUUCUGUAUGUGUGUGACCACCACUUUAGCAUCGCCUAUGGCCGGCCGCCAGUCAUUCAUGAGGACGCAGCAAUCAAGAACUAUGAGUCAUUUCUCCAGUCACCCCUGGUAGUACCCGGAGACAUUCGACUACUGGCGCAAGUAGCUCUGUUUAUGAUUCUGACUGAAGCGUAUCGGACAUUCGGAAGUGACACUGAACAGGCUCUCACAGAAGAAGACUUUGGGCAAUUACGUGUCUACAAUGUAGCUAUAGACCAGUGGCGUCUUUUGUGGCAACCAAGAUCUGCUGAUAGCCCCUACGUGCGGACGUAUCCCUCGAAAGGCGUUGUACUUCACUACCAUUUCGCCAAGUUCCAACUCAAUUCCCUCUCUCUACGAGCCCUGUCACCUUCAAACACCCCCGUGUUCUCUAUGGACCGCAAAGAAUCGGCGAAUAUUGCCAUCUCAUCCGCUAUGGCUUGUUUGAAUAUGGUCUUGGAAGAGCCGGAUAUCCGCGAUGCCAUUGUCGGAGUCCCCAUUUUUACCCACACAAUGGUCACAUUCUCUGCUGUGUUCCUUCUGAAAGUCGCAGUGAACUGGAAUUCUGCCUACCUCAGCCUUGAUGGCCGCCAGGUACGACGUCUGGUGGAAAGAGUGAUUGAGCUGCUCAACUGUGUCUCAGCCGGGGAAAGACAUCUCACAAGACAUAUAGCCCGGGGCCUUGGCAAGAUGUUAGAACGCUUCGACUCUUGGGAUGCAUGGCAGGCGGGGGGGCCUACUGCUGCUGCACCUGGGACGGUCGAGCGACCAGGUAGUGAUGUGCCUGGUGGUGCCAAUGCUAUGGCUCAGGGAUUUCCCCCUCCGGAUCUGAUAUAUGACAUGGUUGGAACGUACGGAUUUGGACUGGACGAGAAUCUACUGGACCCUAGCAUGGCUAGUUUUGAGUUUUUAGCACAAUGA